AUGGAUUCCCCCGUGCAAUCUACGUCAAAGUGUCUCCGUUCUGAUUUCAGUAUUGAAAGGAUUCUGAGUGACGAUUCCGGAAGCAGUAGAGAAAGAACAAUUGAAACACCGAGUUGGUUGUGUUGUACACGGUAUAGACCGCCGCGAGUUCCACGAUCUGUGAACAGUGGGUGUAAGUCGCGCCGGUCCGGGCGGCACGCGCGGGUGCCUUUCACAGCGGCGCAGGCGUCGGCGCUGGAGGCUGCGUACGCGCGCGCGCCUUACCUCGCACCGCCCGCACUCCGCGCCCUAGCUGCUGCCUUGCAACUACGCGACGACCGGAUAAAAAUCUGGUUUCAAAAUCGUCGUGCACGCGAAAGAAGAGAAAAAUAUGCGAAUAUUAUUCCGCCGGUUGGCGUUACGCUGCCUCCAUCUUCAAUGCACAGGGGUUUGAUGAACGCGCAUAUGCCAUGGCUGGCACUCGAAAAGGCUGAAGAAAAAAAUGUUGAUUGUAACAUGUACGCUGAAGCACCAGCUCAAAUAAGUACAGAAUGCCAUAAUGAAAAUGAAUCGCCGCAAAAAUCGUGUUCCUUUGUGUCUCCUCGUAAUUCUGCAUCAAGUGAAGAAGAUAGACCAGAAAGCCCAUUAGAUGUCGAGUCAUUAGAAGAGUAAAUUAUUAAAUAUAGUUUGUAAAUUAAAAUUAUACUGUGAUACCUAACUGUGUACUAUAAUAUAUAGAAAUAUAUGAAUUAAAAGAUUGAAUAUUUUCAUUAUGUACCUACGAGUUAUGUUGCUAAAUGUUUAGCAGCCAAAAAUGUACUAUUUCAUAUUUCUCAAAGAUCGGGUCAAUCAAUUCUGGUGGUAGGUACCAACGAGAUGCUAAUAAGUAUGUAAAUAUUCAUAUUAGUUUUCAAAUCGCUGUCAAUAUUUAACAAACAGGACAUAUUUUUUCUAAGCGUGUAGCAUCAGCGUAAUUUCGCUUGAAUUAUUAAAAAUAUACUUAAACCUAUGAUUUAUAAUU